CAAAAUCUACAACUAGCAUUUGCGAACAUCAUCAGUCAAGACUUCUACAACAACCGCAAUCAUGGCUGACGAAUACAACGCCGAGGAGGCUGCCGAGAUCAAGAAGAAGAGAGCCUUCAGGAAGUUCACAUACCGUGGCAUUGACCUUGAUCAAUUGCUCGACCUCUCUAGUGAGCAGCUCCGCGAUGUCGUCCACGCCCGUGCUCGGAGACGGUUCAACCGUGGCUUGAAGCGAAAGCCUAUGGGUCUGAUCAAGAAGCUCCGUAAGGCCAAGCAGGAGGCUAAGCCCAACGAGAAGCCUGAUCUUGUUAAAACCCAUCUCCGUGACAUGAUUGUUGUCCCCGAAAUGAUUGGUUCCGUUAUCGGUAUCUACAGCGGAAAGGAAUUUAACCAGGUUGAAAUUAAGCCCGAGAUGGUUGGCUACUAUCUCGGCGAGUUCAGCAUUUCAUACCGACCAGUCAAGCACGGUAGACCAGGUAUUGGUGCCACCCACUCUUCGCGUUUCAUUCCCCUCAAGUAAAUGUCGAACGAUGAGGCCAAAAAUGGUUCUUUCUAUUGCUGGACCGUUAGGGCGGAAUUGCGGACGAACUGAUCAUCCAAUAUCAGUCUGGUGGGCGAUGCAUGGUCAAUUGGUGUCAUGAUAACACUACAUAGCGACUUCUAUAAGGAAAUGGAGCGCUGAACGGCGUUAUGUGUCUUUUGCCAUCGCAAACCAACGUUCAUUACAAGUUUAACUUUUCUUUGUUUGCUUCAUUGUGUGAAAUUGCAGCAUCUCGUUACAUCACAAUAUGCGUUGAAGCCCGUCAUUAGCGAAUGAGCUCAACCUUAUGAAUUCAUGUCAACUCCGUGCGCGCCUCUAUUUAUCAAGUUUCCACGUCGAGCGUCAACAUGUUGUUCUACUAUGC